AAAAAUAUGGGUACAGGUAAUGCUUGAUUUGUUUUUAACAGAAACACUCCAUAUAUUGUUAAUUCAAGUCUUACGACCAAAGUUGUGACCACAAUGAAGCCAGUGACAACAACCAAACCAACAGCAAUUGUAAAUCUGCCACCUGCUAAUCCAGCCCUUGCUAAGCCAGUCCAUGUUCAGCCAGUCCAUGUUCAGCCAGCCCCUGCUAAGUCAGACCCUAUUAAGCCAGCUCCUGCUAAACCAGCCCCUGCUAAGCCAGCCCCUGCUAAGCAAGUCCAUGCUCAGCCAGUCCCUGUUCAGCCAGCCCCUGCUAAGCCAGCCCCUGCUAAACCAAUCCCUGCUCAGCCAGUCCGUGCUCAACCAGCUGCUGCUAAGCCAGCAGCUGCUGCUCACUCAACCCCUGCUCAACCAAUGCAUGCUCAGUCAGCCCCAGCUCAGCCAGUCUUUGCUAAAUCAGCUGCUGUGAAGCUAACCUCUGCCAACAAGCCUGUGGCAGCAAAAUCUGUGGCUGCGAACACAGCCACAGUCAGACCUGCAGCCGCAGCGAAGCCAGCAGCGGCGAAGCCUGCAGCAGCGAGACCCCUUGCUGCAGCUGCGAGGCCAGUUGCUACCAAGCCAGAGGUCCCCAGGCCCCAGACCAAAUCAACUGCCACCAAGCCAGCCACGACUAAGCCCAUGGGUAAGAAAUCCUGCUUAGAACCCAUCCUUCAUGCCCACAUUUACCACUCUAAGGAUGUAGCCCUGGAAGCCUGUUUGCAGGGUAGGCUGCCGUUCCAAGGUUGGCAUAGCGAGAUGAUAGAUUUUAGAAGAUGCUAGCCACAGCAUUGGAUU